AUGAGCCUACAUUCAUAUGGUACGCGAACUCAGAUGAUGACAUCACCGCCACUACCGGCACCAUCAGCUUCAACCAGAUGGACUGGGUUAUAUCUCGUCUCGAAUCCACUUCCGGCAAACAUCUCUAUCGUCCAAUUCGAUAUUACCAGUCAUGACCAAGGAUGGUGUACCAACCCGCAGGGUGGAGUCUGGUCUUGGUUUGAGGUGUCUAUUCUGGGGUCCUGGAUGGAGGAUGCAAACCCGGAUCUGCAAAAUCUACUUGAUGAGAUGUCUUCCAAGUCGAGCCCAGAUGAUUUCGGAAAGGUGUUCCAGGAGCAGGGUUUGUAUUUUAAAGACAUUCCCGGAGAGAAGGGCGAGGGUUCAAAUGCGAAACCAGCAGUGAGAAGUGUAUUGAUUGCCAAGAACGCAAUUCAAUGGGACUGGCAACAUCACACCAUCACAUGGACUCGAGAUGGCAGCAAUGGCAGUGGUAGUCGCGUUCUUCCCCUUAUCGAAGAAGGUGAUCGGCUUGCUAUCUGGGCACGAACACAGUUCCCUGGAUGGAUGAACUUUGUAAAAGAAAUCCAUCUGAAGAUAUCGACUGACCUGAGUCCCCGCACAAGUCUGGAGCUCCAAAGGCGCAUGCAGAGGGAAGUGCAUACUUUUCCAGACGAUAUUCUGAGCCUCGCAAUGCUUCUCAAUAAUCUUGGUAAAAAGCGUUUCGAUCAAUUUUGGAAGACAGGGAGGAUGGAAGACCUUGAGGCAUCAAUUCGAUAUUUACAACAAGCAGUGAAAACCACUCCACGGGGCCAUCCAAGUCUAGCAAAUCAUCUGGAGAUCUUAAGCAGUCAGCUUAAGAAUCGAUUUGACCUCACAGGCAGAAUAGAGGACCUUGAUGAAUCAAUACGAUUGAUGCAGCAGGCAGUGGAUAUCACAUCAGGAAAUCAACUGAGACUCGCUAUCAACCUAAGCAAUCUUGGGAUUCUAUUUCAUUCAAAGUUUGAGUGUCAAGGGUUGAUGGAAAACUUAGAGGCAGCGAUCCGACACACACAGAAGGCAGUGAAUAUCACUCCAAAUAAACAUCCGGAACUCGCUUCACAUCUAUGCAACCUUGCUGUUCUACUUCAAAGACGAUUUGAGUGGACAGGCAGGAUUGAAGACUCAGAAGAGGCCAUUCGACGAACACAGCAAGCGGUCAAUAUCACUCCACAGGACCACAAAAACCUCGCGCUGUCUUUACGCCAUCUUGGUCUCAAGCUUAUGGAUCGAUUCAAAAGGACGGGCAGUAUAGAGGACCUAGAAGAGUCCAUCGGAUGCACACAGCGUGCAGUGAAUAUCACUCCACCAGAUCAUCCAGACCUCGCAGAUUGUUUAUGCGAUCUAGGCCAACACCUUCUAGAUCGAUUCGUUAUGGUCGGUAGGAUGGAAGACCUAGAAGAAUCAAUACGAAGCACACAGAAGGCAGUGGAUAUUACUCCACAAGGCCAUCCAAGACUUGCGGUAUAUCUCCAAGUUCUCGGCAAUCAGCUUCGAAAGCGAUUUGAUAGAAUAGGGAGGAUGGAAGAUCUGGAAGAGUCGAUACAGCGCAUGCAGGAAGCUGUGGAUAUCACUCCACAGGGUAAUCCAAACCUCGCAGGGAAUCUGUCAAUGCUGGGCACUAAUCUUAGCCAUCGAUUUGAGAGAACAUGCAAGAUGGAAGACCUCGAAAAAUCAAUACAAUACUCGCAACAGGCGAUUAAUCUUACCCCACAAGGCCAUCCAAGCUUUGCAGGGCAACUGAACAAUCUAAGUAUCGUGCUCAAGAGUCGAUUCGAGAGUAUCGGCAGGAUGGAAUAUCUAGAAGAAGCAAUCAAAAAAGCACAGAAGGCAGUGAAUAUCCCCAAACAAGACAGUUCACAGUUUGCAUCCCUUUCUCACAAUCUUGGAAGAUUUCUGUCUCUGUCACCCAGAGCAGAGCAUCAGGAACAGCUGCUGCAAUGUUUCCGACAAGCCUGGGACUGCCGAACUGGUAUGCCAUUCAUUCGGGUCGAUUCGGCCCUCGAAGCCAUCAGAUUAUUGAAACAACGACGUGACUGGUUCGGAGCCCGGAAAAUCGCAAUUGAAGCGAUAGAUAUGCUUUCCAGAAUGAAUAACCGUUCCUUGAGUCGCGACGAUCAGCGGAUUAUUGCCUCGCGAUUUUCUGGCCUUGCUGGGAAUGCCUGUUCCCUUUCGCUGCAAUGCAACGGUGACGCAAUUGAAGCUCUAAAUUUAGUAGAGCUUGGCCGUGGAGUAAUUGUAGGCCUUUUGAUGGACGAUCGAAGUGAUAUUUCAGCAUUGAGCCAGUCCCAUCCAGAAAAGGCAGCGGCCUUUGAUAGACUCCGGAGCGAAGUGAACAUGCCAGUGAAUGAAGAUAAAGAUUUGGAUGUACGACGACAUAGAAUGACAAGGCGCCUAGAGGCAGUGAAGGAACUGGAAGAAACCAUUUCUAUUAUCAGACGGCUUGAAGGAUUUGAACGGUUCCUCCUCGGGCCAACGCUGGACGAGCUGAAGAAGCAGGCCACAGAAGGGCCAAUUGUGGUAGUCAACGUGACGGACAUCCGAAGCGAUGCCAUCAUUGUCAGCCAGUCUGCUGUGAAAUCAGUCAGACUGCCUCAGUUGACAGAUGAAGACACGAAGAAAUGGCUGAACCAGGAGCUGACAACAUACCGCAAUCCACAAGAAAGGGGCAAAAAGAACAAACGAUAUCUAGAAUUCUUGCGAUGGCUGUGGUCAAACUGUGUGGAAAUUAUUCUACUGGAAGUCCAGAGCAUGCAAAAGCCUGACCCAGGCAAACUUCCUAGCAUUUGGUGGAUUGGCAUCGGGAGCGCUUAUCAUUUGCCUUUUCACGCCGCUGGGAUUCAUUCAGAUGGAUCAACAGAGAACACGCUUUCUUGGGCCAUCUCCUCUUACACUCCCACAAUCAAAGCUCUCGCACAUGCGAGGGAAAUGGGAGCAAUGAGUGUUAAUGCCCCCGGUAACACACCAAAGCUGUUGGUGGUGACAAUGCCCACAACGCCAGGUGAAAGGGAUCUUCCCGGGGUAGAGAGCGAAGAGGCGGCCAUUAAGAUGGCUACACGGUCGGCUUUUUCAAUUCACAUGCUUCAUCAGCCUCAUGCCAAGAUGGUGCGUGAGAAAUUGGCUCAAUGCGACAUGCUUCACUUUGCUGGUCAUGGAGUAUCCGACUACAACGAUCCCUUCAAAAGCCGUCUUUUGUUGCAGGAAUGCCACGGAGGAGUAACAAGGGUGGAUGAUCUUAGUGUGCAGGAUAUCUUCGACCUCGAUCUGAAAAGAGCGAGAAUAGCGUACCUGUCAGCCUGCUCGACAGCCGAGAUCAGGCCUGGACGGAUGGUGGACGAGGUGAUUCAUCUGGCUAGUGGAUUUCAGGUGGCGGGAUUCAGUCACGUCAUCGCAUCAAUGUGGCAGACGGACGAUGAUGCCUGCGAGAAGAUGGCAAGGGGAUUCUAUGGGCAUUUGAAGCAGACGAUGGAGGAAGAGGCCCACAACAGGGCCGUGGCGGUAGCGGCACACAAGGCAAUGAUGGAGAUACGUUCGAAGUGGAUGCGUUUCCCCCUUUUGUGGGCACCGUAUGUACACUUUGGAGCCUGA